ACCUGCUCAUGCGGCUCAUCAAGAGGGAUUGUGGUAGCAGUGGUCCAAGGAAACUUUUAGUUACAGUGUCAGGUGUAAGAAAAAGACUCUAGUGAGGAAAGAACAUUGGAAACAAUUCUGCAACAUUUGCAAUACUUCCCCUUUAACCUAGAAACAUUAACUUCCCUGGGCUCUGCAUCUUUUAGAGUUAGAACUUGCGAAAGGGGUAUUUAUUUAUUUAUUUUGCAAUAUUUUUGAAUGAUCUUCACCCACUUGCAGAGAUGAACUGAGUUCUUGGUUAAUGGGUGAUCAGAGCUUUCACCUCUGGUUUGAGAGGAAGAAAGACCUGCACCUGAAGACUAUUGAAAAUCUGGAGCUGGGAAAGAUCUUUGGAAGCUCUUAAGAGGCUUUGUGUCUCCUUUUCCUGCCUUCUUUGAGAAGAUUUAUCAAUGGCACUGAAACUGAUGCUCUACUCCAAGAUAAAGUCUGGGGAAUGCAUCAAAGUGAAAGGCAAGGUGUCACCCGAGGCCACAAGCUUUGCCAUCAAUGUGGGCUGUGAUGAGACCAACCUGAUCCUUCACUUCAACCCUCGAUUUGACCUCCAUGGAGACACCAGGACCAUUGUGUGUAACUCCAAGAGGGAAGGAGAGUGGGGCGAGGAAGUGCGAGAGUCAGAGUUCCCCUUCCAGCAAGGAGAGGAGACCAAGAUCUGUGUCUCCUUUGAUGCUGAAGAAGUUACUGUAAAGCUGCCUGAAGGACAAGAACUUAAAUUCCCAAACCGUCUAGGGCUGGAGACUGCGGAGUACUUCUCUGUUGCAGGAGACCUUGAUAUUAAAUCUGUCAAAUUUGACUGACCAUUCUUACAUCUUGAAGGAUACCUCGCUUGAGCCAAACAAGAACAUGAUUUGACUCUUUCAAUUUUCUUGAAAAUACAAAUUAGUCCAACUCUCUAUAGAUUCAGCUUCCUGUCUAUUUACACUGUUUCAAUGCUUGUUCCCCUUAAAACAGAAUCAAAAAGUUUUGUGAUAUUUCAAUUCUGAAAGCAUAUAUUGGAAUAUAGCUGGGAGAUCUGGAAAAAGCAGAUAUCCAAGGCUCAUGUCACAUCAUUGGAGAAAGGCAGCUCCUAGAUUAUACAACCAAAUGCAUGUAUUCCUCUCACUCAAACGUCCCCAUCUAUCUGUUUACCCAACUACAUUUGUUUGUUUUUUUCUUGUUGCAUCUACAUCAAAGGUGACAUUGUAAGCUUCAAGCGGCAAAUAUUUGUUUUAUUAUACUCUAUUUAAACCACUGUUUCUCACCCUUCCUAAUGCCACGACCUCUUAAUACAGUUCCUCAUGUUGUGGUGACCCCAAACCAUAACAUUAUUUUCGUUGCUACUUCAUAACUAAUUUUGCUACUGUUAUGAGUCAUAAUAUAAAUACUGGAUAUGCA